AAACACAUCUCAAUCUUUACCUUCAACGGCAAGUCGAGAUAGCACCUAUCCUUUACCCGUGGAACAAGUCAUCCUUGCAUUCGAAGUCACCCGAAAUGAGUCAGAACGACAAUACUAGCCUGACGGCCAGCUCCAUUGGCCCGACAUCAAGCGCCUGGGAUUCGAUCCAAGACAGAUCGACCAUGCAAACCAUCGGGACUGAGCUGUCUCGAACGGCGAUGGAUUCCACGUCUGCUUCUGAAGUCAUUUCGAAGAUGCGUGAUGAGAACCCACAUUCCUUCGUUGGACAAGAGCAGGCGGUGCAAGUUAUAGAGAUGGUUCUCGAAUGGCUUCAACUCGUCAAAGAUGACCUUCCUUGCAUGAGCGUUUGGCAGAAUCGCAGCGACGCAAAGCUCGAUCCUGAGCUCUCGCAGAGAUUGGUAUCAUUGUUCCAAGGAGCUGUUUAUCAUACCGUCAAGUCAGGGGUCACGAGGGUGUUCCGCCAGGAUCCCCCAGUCAUCGAACUCAACCGGCACACCUUGGAUUUAAUGGCCGAGGUCUUUACGGACCUGUACUUCCGGUACCCUGCCUGGCUGAAGGAAUGGGUACAGGCAGUCACGUAUGAUGAUCGCGACAUGGAUGUGAUCACAAAGUUCGGAUCCGAGGGGAAGAUGAUCGCAGGUCGCAUCAAAGACCUUGACAAGGUCAAGAAGGCCAAAAGGCCCCAGGAGCAACAGGAGGCCGAACAGCCGGCUCCGAGUGCGAGUUGAUCAUAUCGUGCACCAUGCAUCAUAUCGACAU